AUGGUGGAAGCUGCAGAGAUGGCGAGUGUGAUCACCCUGAGCUCAGACUCGGACUCGGACUCUGAGGUGGAGAUCGUGGGCUACUUCUCCAACAAGAACGUGACGUUUCCUCUUUCCUGGGUGCGCGUGGAGGUUGACGCUCUUCACGUGCAGUCGAAUAACAAUUAUAUAAAACCAAGAUCGAAUUCUGGAGUGUUGGACUUAACAGGACAUGACAACAACAUUGGAAUGCAAGCUCAUAAAACAUUUCUGGCUGAUGCAGAAAGUCAUGCAGUGAUGCUUUGUUCCCGGAGUCUCAGUAUGGUUUACAGCUGCAUAGAAGUAUCUUAUCCAGAGGGAACUCUACAGCUUCUGUCAGACCUGCUCAAACCAGGUUACUAUCCGCCCAAAGACAUCACCCUGCACCUGCUGAAGGACAUCCUGCUCAACCCACAGUGUCCACUUCACUUUUGUAGGAAGGCUUUCAGUCUUCUGAUACAAACACAAAGGAACAAAUUUGUGGAUAAAGAAUCUGUUUCCUGGAACUGGGAGAUGUUAAAUGAUGUGAUGGAAAAUAAGGAACUUCGACCUGAAAUUGUAUGCAUGUUCCUAAACUAUGUGGCACAGACUUUGGAGGAUGAUUUCAAUACCAAAAAAUCAACUUCUGCCCCUAAUGAGUCUAUUGUAAAAGUGAUGUUGUCCUUUGACAAGCAGUUUCCUCAAAUUAGGGACGUCUGCACGUGGCUUUUUUCUGUCAUUGUGAAAUCCACGGAUGAUAAUCAUUCUAAAGGAGAUCAAAUCAGCUUCAGCAGAAUGGUGGUCAGAUUCCAGAAGAUGUUGUCUUUGGCUUUAGAGGUGGACUCCUCUCCAGCUAUAGCCUCUGCCAAGCUUUCUCAGGAACUUUUUCACGUGCUAAUCAGCAAUGCACCACUGCGACCACAAAGAAUGCUGCUGCUGGACAGCCUGCAGAGCAAGCGGCUUAGAUGUAAGCUCUUGGAACAUCUACUUGACUAUUCCUGCCCAGUCAAAACCUCUGUGCCCAUGUCACUCAGUCUUCUGCUCCACUUUCUGAAGAACUGCAUACUUUCACCUGACCCCAAUGAUGGCACUGACAAAUGGCGUAGAUGGGAAGAGUUGCUCUGUCAUCUUUGGACCUUGUUGCUGAGUUACAGCAAUGCAAUGAAAGACUAUCUCAGCGGCUCCCUGAAGGAACAAAGGCACACCACUGGCACAUGGAUUUAUAAGCCUGAAGAUGUGUUGACAAUAUGUGCAGUGCGUGAAGCAGCAGAGGCCUUCAUGUCCAGAUCACAAGAUGACAUUGGUGAAGCUCUACCUCUGCAUGUUGAAGAGUCACUCACCUAUUUGCAAGACUAUUUAAUGGAGAAAUGUCAGCAUUAA